AUGUCUAAUAAGAAUAAGGUGAACUCUAAUGAGAAAAAGGUGAACUCUGAUGAGAAAGAGGUCAGGUAUGAUGAGAAGAAGGUCAACUCUGAUGAGAAAAAUGUCAGGUAUGAUGAGAAAAAGGUGAACUCUGAUGAGGAAAAGUUCAAGUCUGAUGAGAAAAAUGCCAGGUCCGAAGAGAAUGAGGUCAUGUCCAAUAAGAAUAAGGUGAACUCUAUUGAGAAAAAGGUGAACUCUGAUGAGAAAGAGGUCAAGUCUGAUGAGGAAAAGGUCAAGUCUGAUGAGAAAAAGGCGAACUCUGAUGAGGAAAAGGUGAACUCUGAUGAGAAAGAGGUCAGGUCUGAUGAGAAAAAGGUCAGGUCUGAUGAGAAAAAGGUCAGGUAUGAUGAGAAAAAGGUAAACUCUGAUGAGAAAAAGCCAAAAGAUGAGAAAAAGGUCAGGUAUGAUGAGAAGAAGGUCAACUCUGAUGAGAAAAAUGUCAGGUAUGAAGAGAAAAAGGUCAAGUCUGAUGAGGAAGAGGUCCAGUCUGAUGAGAAAAAGGUCAGGUAUGAUGAGAAAAAGGCGAACUCUGAUGAGAAAAAGGUCAGGUAUGAUGAGAAAAAGGUCAAGUCUGAUAAGAAAAAGGCGAACUCUGAUGAGAAAAAGGUCAGGUCUCAUGAGAAAAAGGUCAGGUAUGAUGAGAAAAAGGAAGAGGUCAGGUAUGAUGAGAAAAAGGUCAAGUCUGAUGAGAAAAAGGCGAACUCUGAUGAGAAAAAGGUCAGGUAUGAUGAGAAAAAGGUUAACUCUGAUGAGGAAAAGGCGAACUCUGAUGAGAAAAAGGUGAACUCUGAUGAGGAAAAGUUCAAGUCUGAUGAGAAAAAGGUCAGGUAUGAUGAGAAAAAGGUGAACUCUGAUGAGAAAAAGGCGAACUCUGAUGAGGAAAAGGUGAACUCUGAUGAGAAAGAGGUCAGGUCUGAUGAGAAAAAGGUCAGGUCUGAUGAGAAAAAGGUCAGGUAUGAUGAGAAAAAGGUAAACUCUGAUGAGAAAAAGCCAAAAGGAACUCUGGUGAGAAUAAGGAAAACAGAUGAGAAAAAGGUCAGGUAUGAUGAGAAGAAGGUCAACUCUGAUGAGAAAAAUGUCAGGUAUGAAGAGAAAAAGGUCAAGUCUGAUGAGGAAGAGGUCCAGUCUGAUGAGAAAAAGGUCAGGUAUGAUGAGAAAAAGGCGAACUCUGAUGAGAAAAAGGUCAGGUAUGAUGAGAAAAAGGCGAACUCUGAUGAGAAAAAGGCGAACUCUGAUGAGAAAAAGGUGAACUCUGAUGAGAAAAAUGUGAACUCUGAUGAGGAAGAGGUCAGGUAUGAUGAGAAAAAGGUCAAGUCUGAUGAGAAAAAGGCGAACUCUGAUGAGAAAAAGGUCAGGUAUGAUGAGAAAAAGGUUAACUCUGAUGAGGAAAAGGCGAACUCUGAUGAGAAAAAGGUCAGGUAUGAUGAGAAAAAGGUCAGGUCUGAUGAGGAGAGGUCAAGUCUGAUUGGAAAAAUGUGAACUCUGAUGAGGAAGAGGUCAGGUAUGAUGAGAAAAAGGUGAACUCUGAUGAGAAAAAGGCGAACUCUGAUGAGGAAAAGGUGAACUCUGAUGAGAAAGAGGUCAGGUCUGAUGAGAAAAAGGUAAACUCUGAUGAGAAAGAGCCAAAAGGUCAGGACUGAUGAGAAAAAUGCCAGGUCCGAAGAGAAUGAGGUCAUGUCUAAUAAGAAUAAGGUGAACUCUAAUGAGAAAAAGGUGAACUCUGAUGAGAAAAAGGUCAGGUAUGAUGAGAAAAAUGUGAACUCUGAUGAGGAAAAGGUCAGGUAUGAUGAGGAGAGGUCAAGUCUGAUUGGAAAAAGGUGAACUCUGAUGAGAAAAAGGUGAACUCUGAUGAGAAAAAGGUCAGGUAUGAUGAGAAAAAGGUUAACUCUGAUGAGGAAAAGGCGAACUCUGAUGAGAAAAAGGUCAGGUAUGAUGAGGAGAGGUCAAGUAUGAUGAGAAAAAGGUGAACUCUGAUGAG